UACGAACUUCCGGUUUUCCUGGCCGCUGCCGCUGCCGCUGUUGCUGCCCCUACCACCUGCCACGGCUGGGCCUCAGUUCCCGAUUUGGUCACCUCUUCUUCGUUCUCCACUGCGCCCAUGGUUCCUCUUGGAGCCAGGGCGGCGAGCCUGGCGGCUCCCGCGUGGUGAGAGGACGGUCCGGGGACGAUGAAGGCCCCGCACUGCAACUGCUGCCUCAGUCCCCUCUUGAUCUCCGCUUUCCUGCUUCUGCUACUGCUGCCAGGUUUGGGAGGGCCUUUGGCUGUGCUGCUGCAGGCGGCCGAGGCCGCGCCGGACCCCGGGCCUCCGGACCGCGGGCCGCGGACCCUGUCGCCCGUGCCUCCGGGUCCCGCCGUUGCCCAGUCCACGGGCCGCGCUCCCGCAGAAGCUAAAGGGCCGCGGGGCUCUGAGGGCGGCAAUGGCAGCAGCCCCCGAGCAGGACUUGCGUCAGAAGACUCAGGAGGGAAGGCCGGGGAAGAAGACUCAUUGGGUGGCAGCCUUGCUGUGAGCCCCAACCCCGGCGACAAGCCAAUGACCCAGCGGGCCCUGACCGUGUUGAUGGUGGUGAGCGGCGCGGUGGUGGUGUACUUCGUCGUCAGAACGGUCAGGAUGAGAAGAAGAAACCGAAAGACUAGGAGAUAUGGAGUUUUGGAUACUAACAUAGAAAACAUGGAGUUGACACCUUUAGAACAAGAUGAUGAGGAUGAUGAUAACACUUUGUUUGAUGCCAAUCAUCCUCGAAGAUAAGAAUGUGCCUUUUGAUGAAAGGACUUCAUCUUUCUACAAUGAAGAGCAGAAUUUCUAUGUUUAAGGAAUAAGAAGCCAAUUUAUCACUAGGGGCGGGGUAUUUAAGUUAUAUAUAUUAUAACAACCUUUAAUUUGUUGUUGCAAUAAAUACUGUAUCAUUUUGUUACGUCUUUGAAUGUACAGAAGUGCUCUUAAUGGGCUCACAGUUGUUGGGAGUGAACUGCACUAUAGUAGAAAUCUGUGUGAAAAUUACUUUAAAGCAGGGUGUUUUCUGAUCAGUUAUUGUUUCUUGCUUACCAUAUUGUUGUAAACAAUUUUAUAUAGUAAUCAGUUAAUGUUUUGUUUUUUUGUGGGUUUUGGGGGGGACUGUUUUGGGGAGGAUUUUUGCCUUUUUUUUUUCUUGAUAAAACUAUAAAUCCCAACAACCAACUGGUGUGUAAAAAUAAUUUAAAAUUUCUUUACCAAGAUGUAUUUCCCAUUUUUUUGGGAAAAAGAAGCCAAAUUUAUUACUUUGCAUUUGUGUUUUUUUGUAAAUUAAUAAAUGUCUGAGUUGUUUGCAAA